AUGGAAAUCACUAGCAACAGGACUGAUACUAUUACUGAGAUACAUCCCUGCUAUAAAAUAGAUGUCUCUUAUGCACUGAUAAGCAAUCCUUCUGCAAUAUGUGCUUUGUUUCAUAUUUUCCUUGGCUCGUUAUCUGUUGUCACUGUAUGUGGAAACCUUCUUGUAAUAAUUUCCAUUAUUUAUUUCAAACAGCUCCACACUCCUACUAACUACCUCAUUCUCUCUCUGGCUGUGGCUGACCUGCUUGUUGGGGUUUUACUUUUUCCUCUCACCAUGACAUUUUCCAUAACCUUAUGUCUUUACUAUGAAGAUGUAUUUUACAGAUAUUAUGCUGUGUGUGAGCCUCUGACUUAUAGAACUAAAAUAAAUGAUUACGUUGUUUUGAUCAUGAUCUUGGUGAGCUGGGGGGUUUCUGCUCUAAUUGCAAUUGGCUUCAUAAUUGUAGGAAUAAACCAAGAAAAAUGUUCUGCAAAAUGUCUACAUAAUGCUAUAAUGGCAAACAUUUUUGGACUUAUUUUCUCAUUUUACCUCCCAAUGAUUGUAAUGUUGUGUAUCUACUUUAAAAUCUUCCUUGUUGCACAGAGACAGGCUCGCAGCAUCCACAACACAACCUGUCAGAGUAAAAAGUCUGGAGCAGCUAUCAGUAAGAUGGAGAAAAAGGCCACCAAGACUUUGGCUAUCGUGAUGGGAAUUUUUUUGACAUUUUGGCUUCCUUUCUUUCUUUGUACUACAGUUCUUUCUUUUAGUUAUGUUUAUGUGCCCCUUCCUGUGAUUGAACUACUUAACUGGCUUGCACUUUCAAAUUCAAUGCUCAAUCCAUUUAUUUAUGCUUUCUUUUACAGCUGGUUCAGAUCGGCUUUCAGAAUGAUCAUUUCUGGAAAAAUAUUUCAAGGUGAUUUUUCUAAUACAAAUCUGCUCUGA